UGGCGCUGUCUUUGGCCGCCUUUGGACGCGUGUGCCAGGUCGCCGUGUCUGUCGUUGGACUGCCCGUAAUCUUGGCCCGGCUGGUGCUCCUCCGAUUAUCUCGCCAUCUCGCACAGAGCGCAGCAUCCGCGUUAAACACCACGAGCGCCGCAGGCUUAAUUCUGUUUUCCGUCUUAGUUUCUGUGUUAUUCCAGUUUCUUUUCGAUUCGGUCGCUGUUUUCGGGAAGUAUUCGAUGUCAUCUAAAAUUAAACGUGUUCCCAUGUUCCUAAUAUGUGUCAUUUCGCGAUCGUGCGUGUGUGUUAACUAAUGCAAACAAAUAAAUGAUAAUGAUAAAAAGGCGAUAAACGUUUAAAGCUCCGCACAAGAAAAGAGGUGCAAAAAAACAAUAAGAAAACCCCAUAUUCGUUUAAUUGCGCAUCGCACGGCGGAGAGGGAGAAAGUGCCCGUGAAGUGCCAAAGUUCAGGAGCGGAGACGCCUCGCUGACAGGUUCCUGCCGUCUUCCAUAUUGCACCAAGUGCUCUGAGAACUCAACAGCCCGCACCGGCUCCCACACAUGGCAGACGACGAUUUGAGGGCACUGAUCGAUAGCCUGGAUGACGCCUCACAGGAGGACCUGGCCAAGGUCAUCGCCAACUUCUCCGUGGACAUGCUGCAGCGGGCCAGCGCCCUAAUUGGCGACCAGCAGGGCAACAGUGGGGGGCAGCUCCAGAACCGCACGCUACAGUGUCAGCAGCAGCAGCAGCGGGAGGAGGAGCAGGCUUCCCUGGAGGCCCUAGCAUCUGGUGCCAAGCGGAUUUUACAAUGUCCCAGCUCGUUCGAUUCGGUCCUGUGCUGGCCACGCACAAAUGCCGGCAGUCUGGCUGUGCUACCCUGUUUCGAGGAAUUCAAGGGCGUGCACUACGACACCACAGACAAUGCCACCCGCUUUUGCUUUCCAAACGGAACGUGGGAUCACUAUUCGGACUAUGAUCGAUGUCAUCAGAAUUCGGGCUCCAUACCGGUGGUGCCCGACUUCUCACCCAACGUCGAACUGCCGGCCAUCAUAUAUGCCUGCGGUUAUUUCCUGAGCUUCGCCACCUUGGUGGUGGCCCUCAUCAUAUUCCUCAGCUUUAAAGAUCUUCGUUGCCUGCGAAACACCAUUCAUGCCAAUCUGUUCCUCACAUACAUCACAUCCGCACUCCUGUGGAUACUCACCCUGUUCCUGCAAGUGAUAACCACAGAGUCUAGUCAGGCUGGCUGCAUAACGCUGGUAAUCAUGUUUCAGUACUUUUACCUAACCAACUUUUUCUGGAUGUUUGUGGAGGGCCUCUAUCUAUACACGCUGGUGGUGCAAACAUUCUCCAGUGAUAACAUUAGCUUUAUUAUCUACGCGCUCAUCGGCUGGGGCUGUCCAGCUGUAUGCAUUUUGGUGUGGUCCAUUGCCAAGGCAUUUGCCCCGCAUCUCGAGAACGAGCACUUCAAUGGGCUGGAAAUUGAUUGUGCAUGGAUGCGUGAAUCUCGCAUUGACUGGAUAUUCAAGGUACCUGCAUCACUGGCUUUGCUGGUUAAUCUAGUAUUCCUCAUACGCAUCAUGUGGGUACUCAUCACUAAGUUACGUUCCGCUCAUACCCUGGAAACGCGGCAGUAUUACAAGGCCUCGAAGGCGCUGCUGGUGCUGAUACCUCUGUUUGGCAUCACCUAUCUGUUGGUGCUAACCGGCCCGGAGCAGGGUAUCAGUCGUAAUCUCUUCGAGGCCAUAAGAGCCUUCCUCAUAAGCACGCAGGGCUUCUUUGUGGCUCUGUUCUACUGUUUCCUAAACUCAGAGGUGCGACAGACGCUGAGGCAUCGAUUCACCCGGUGGCGGGAGAGCAGGAACAUCCAUCGGAACAGUUCCAUCAAGAAUCGCAGGCAUCGCGCCUCAAAAGACUACUCGCUGAGAUCGCGAACCGAAAGUCUACGCACGGAGGAAUGUGUUAUCUGCCUGCGUCCUUCGCCACACACGCGAUUGGGAUCUCUGCAACGCUACCACAGCAUCGAUAUCACAGAUUUUGUCUAGAUCUUAUUCUUUCUGAAAAUAGAGCAUUUAUUCAGUCCAACUCGUACCGCUGGAGACGCUCGUAAAACUGCCCGAAUACAUAGCCCUCGGUGUCGUAGGUCCUAUAAAGUCGAUACCAGUCCUCGUUCACGUGCCGAUUUGUGUAGACGGGGAGGCAAUAACUGGGAAAGUAGUUAAUCGAUGUGUAUCUUAUCAAGUCAAACUCGCAGGGAGCAUGCAACAGCUUCAGAUCGCCUUUGGCAUCCGGACCGGGUUCAUCGGAGCGAGGUAUUCUCCGGAUAACGUCAAGGCUGUCACCAGGCAGCAUUUGUUCCAGCAGCUUUUUCGACGUGGGCCGCUCAUGACUUACUCGCAUCCUCAUCUGAAAAAUGUUAGCCGAUAAGUGAAAGGAACUCGAGAAGUGUGCAUCACAACUUACCAUCAAACAGAGGAACAGCAUUUGAAUUGUCUUGCAUCGUCUCAUGAAGUAUACUUCAGAGUUUCUGUAUUACAGUAUGGAAAACUAUGGCCACCCAAAAAAUGUGUCACAAGAUUAGGAACCUGCUUAGACUGGACUUUUAGUUUAUUUUCAAGAGUUACUUGGAGUUACAGCGAAAAUUGUUAAACUCAUGUUGUUUCAGAAUUCAGGAUUUUGUUUAGUUGAUAUUUUCUUUGAAAGUCUUAAGUACGAAAACAAGUUGCAUAAGGAUCCUAUCAAUCAUUCCAAAUGUUGAAAUAUUAAACCAAACAAACUGUGAAUACCCCAACAAUUGUUCCCCCAUUUAAGUAUACAUUCUAAAUUAGCUACUAAUUUACUAGUCGAGUGUCAGUUAUGUGCCAAUGCGUGCAAAAAUUUCUCAUAACGAUUAGAUAUUUAGUUUAUUUCUAAGUUUUACUCUUUUAGCAUUUUUUGUUUUUCUUUCUGAUUCUUAAGGUCACAUUGUUAUAUCACUGAAAAUGUAAUUAAACGUAUUUUAACUUAAGGCAACCGGAAAUAAAACAAAAACAAAUGGAAUAUCAAAUUAAAAGCAGAGGAAAAGAUCAUUUGAUGUCACCCUAAACUAAAUAAUUCAUAUUCUGCGAAUAAAGCUUUUGAAAAUA